AUGAAUGAAUCAAAAGAUUUGGCUGUUUCUGUUAUAAAUGCAUGGAAAAAUUAUGGUCAUUGGUGCAAAUCAAUAACUGUUUUACAUGAUAUAAAUCUCCAUGUGUCAACAGGAAUAAUAUAUGGUUUAUUAGGUCCAUCUGGAUGCGGAAAAACAACACUUUUACGUUGUUUAGUUGGUCGUUUAGAAUUAAAUCGAGGUGAAAUAAUUGUAUUGGGUAAACGACCAGGUAGUCGGGGACAUGGAGUUCCUGGUCGAUCAGUUGGUUUUAUGCCACAAGAAACAGCACUUUAUAAAAAUUUUUCAAUAUCAGAAAUGCUUCAUCAUUUUGGUCGCCUUCAUAAUAUGAAGCGUAAAGAUAUUUUAUCUCGAGAAGAAUUUCUUGUUUCAUUUCUUGAUUUACCUUCAAAAUCAAAAAAUGUUUCACAAUUGAGUGGUGGCCAACAACGUCGUGUGUCCUUAGCAUGUGCUCUUCUUCAACAACCUCAAUUAUUAAUUCUUGAUGAGCCAACUGUGGGAGUUGAUCCUUUACUUCGAGAAAAAAUCUGGAGUCAUCUUAUAAAUAUCGCAAAAACAAGUAAAACUACAAUAAUAAUAACGACUCAUUAUAUUGAAGAAGCAAGAAAAGCUGAUCGAGUUGGACUUAUGCGUAGUGGAAGAAUGUUAGCUGAAGAUGAACCAUCUCUUCUUUUGCAUAAAUAUAAUCAAACAAGUCUAGAAAAUGUUUUUCUUCAAUUAUGUUCUCAAGAUCAAAAUCGUUUUCAACAACAUACUUCAAUGAAUAAUGCAGACGGUGAUAGAGACACUGAUAUACCCAAUGAUAUUGAUGAUCAAAAUUCAUCUUCUACUUCUAUUCAUGUGUCAGUCAAUACAACUAGUGAAAAUCUUCUUCCAUUAGAUAAUGGGAAAAGAAAAUUUGAAAAAAAUCGUGAACCUGAACAUAUUCCAAUGGCACUUUAUAAUAGUGAAGCAAUAAAUGGAUUUCCAACAGGAAAUUUAAGUUUACAACUUUUAAAUAAAAUAAAUCCUCAACAAAUUCAAUUUACGUCAUUUAAUGAGCUUGAUAAAGCAAUGGACGUUGUUAAACAAGGACAUUAUUGGGGUACUGUUGCUAUUCAAUUUAAUUUUACACAAGCAAUCAAAAAUAAAUUAUUACGAUUUCAAACAGAUCCAGCUACUUUAAAUGCAUCAUCGCUUCAUCUUUAUCUUGAUAUGACGAAUCAACAAGUGUCAUUAACAAUGCAAAGUAUAAUAUUAAAUAGUACAGAAUCAUUUUUAAAAGAAGUUUUAUCAAGUUAUCAAAUUGAUCCAUCCAUAGCUGAUCCUCCAGUAAUAAUUGAAAAUCCUUUAUAUGGAAGUAUUGUCCCGCGAUUUUUAAAUUUUGCUGCACCAGGAAUGAUGAUAUCAAUAAUAUUCUUUUUGGCAAUUGGUUUAACAGCAUUAAUAUUUGUUGUUGAAAAAAAAGAAGGUCUUUUAGAACGCAGUUGGAUCGCUGGUGUGACAACAAUUGAAGUUAUGCUCUCUCAUAUUAUUGUUAAAUUUUUUAUUCAAUUUAUUCAAAUAAUGCUUUUACUUAUUUUUGCUGAUUUUAUUUUUAAAGUUGAAAUUAAAGGCUCGAUUUUCUUAGCAAUGGCGUUAAUUUUUAUGCAAGGAAUUUGUGGUAUGAGUUAUGGUCUUCUAAUAUCUUCAGUAUGUGAACAAGAAAUUGAAGUUAUGGAAGUUGCACUUGGAAGUGUUUUUCCUAUAUUACUUAGUUCAGGUAUAAUAUGGCCACUUGAAGGAAUGCCGUCAGCAAUGCGUUUUCUAAGUAAUUUUACUCCAUUAACACAUUCCGUUGAGGCAAUGCGAUGUUGGUCAUUUGGCUAUUUCAAAGUAUGGUUUGGUUUUGUCAAUGCUGGUGCAUGGUCUUUGGGAUUUUUCGUCAUAGCUGCUAUUCUGUUUGCUCUUAGAAAAUAA